AUGCGUUCAAAGAUUCGAUGGUUCACGGAUAGUGCAAAUCACACUACGUAUCGCAUUUCGCUGCGUUCUUCAUCGUUGCGAGAGCCAAGACAUCCAUUGUUGAGAGUUGUUACGGUUAUACAACGGCAGUGUGUACACACGAGCGCGCUGCAAGACUGCUUCUACUCUGGUUUAUAGUGUAUUGGGAGGGUGCGAGGCACGGCUCGACGUCGAAACGUCGAACCACGCUCGCGUGACAAUUCACGUGUGGUUUGGAUGAACCAUAAUGAUCCUUCCGCA